UAGUGAGCUGUCCCCGUUGGACGCGAGAGGCCGUGAAAUAAGGGAGCUGGUGGCCAGUGAGUCACUUGGCUGGGCGAAGGAGCUGAGAACUGUCGUCGUCUCGUCGCUAUGUAGCCAGGAAUGCAGUGGACCAGGAAACGUGAACGAGGUGGCAGUGUGCGUCAUCGCUUAGAAACAGUGUGUCGCGUAGGCCUAGGUGAAUCGUGUGGAACCCCCAGCAGGUGUCCGAGGACUUGUGGACACCGAAUUACCCGAGGGCGUGUGAGACUUUGAAGACAGCGCGAUGGGGUGUACGAUGUCGAUGGAGCAGAAGGCGGCCCUGGCCAAGAGCCGCCAGAUCGACCUCAUCCUGCAGGAGGACGGCGACCGCAUGAGAAGGGACGUUAAACUCCUGUUGCUAGGAGCGGGAGAGUCCGGCAAAAGUACCAUCGUAAAACAAAUGAAGAUUAUUCACGAGUCUGGGUUCACGAGCGAAGACUUCAAGCAGUACCGGCCGGUGGUUUACUCCAACACCAUCCAAUCGCUGGUGGCCAUUCUCCGAGCCAUGCCCAACCUCGGCAUUUCCUUCGGUAACAACGAGCGGGAGGUGAGUGUUGGAGAAGAGCCGGCUGCCGGUUUAUUUUGGAUUUAUUUGUUUGUUUUCUGAUUGGUAGUUUUGUUUUUUUUG